UACGUACUGUCAGUAAUGUUUACAACUGCCCUUAAGCCCAUUAAAGAGGAAGAACGGCAGCCUUCCUCUAACUCAUCAGAGGUCAACAACAAUAAUAGUCGAUGCACUGUGGGUACAGAGACUGAGAACAAUGACUCAUUUUCGGUUGACUCCAUUCCAUUGGAAAUGCUUGAGUACGCUCGACGAAAUCUCAAGAUGGAGGUCGACCUGUUGGAGUACGAGUUCCGUCAUUUGAAGGAGUCUCUCUAUAAUGCCCGUUGCACUCAAGUGAAUCGCAAAUUGGAAGAGCUGAAACGAUCGGAGGCUUCCGAGCUGGAUACAGUUAAUGAUCUAGUGGAUAGCUUGUACAACGAUCGCAAACAGGUGGCUAAGCAUCGACGCGACCUGCAGUUGGAGAGUGCUAAUAAGGAGUACGACAACGCUAUUCAGACGUCGAUGAAUGACUACGAGGAGGGUAUUAGCAAUAUUCGGCAACGCUUGCGUGAUCGAUUGCUUGAGACGGUCUGCAACCUCCAGGUCGAAUUCAUGUUGGCCAGACGUGCUAAACGUGGGUCUCAUGCCUCUUCUAUCGCCUCUCGUGAUGAACCUCUUCGCCAGCAAAAUGCAGGUUUGGGCCAUCCACGUCGCUACCACCAUUCCUCUUCCAAAUCUCAGUCUUCAUUUCCCUCGUUAUUAUCUCAUAUUUCUCCCGAAGCUAGAAGCCUUUUAAUUCCCCAGUUUCUUGAAGAUGUGGAGGAAGAAGAAGAGACGACGAAAACUAACAAUCGCAGUAAAACUGAUUCUGCCUCUAGGGCUUCAAAGAGGCCCAAAUUGGAAACUAAUGUAAAUGGCGAGGAAACAGAAGUAAAAGAAGAGGAGGUGGUUGAAAGCCGAAUGAUGGAAGUAGAAACCUCGUACAACUCUGAAUACUUACCAGGUCCUGAUUUGGAACCGCGACGGAAACCGGUAACACUCCCCGCCAAUACCCCUUGUUUUAUCUACAACCUUGCUCCCGAGGAGAUAGACGAGGAUCUGAAGCAAAUCGAUGAGGCUCUUAGGAUUUUGCUGAUGCGAAUCAUUUCUUCGAAGCGAGGUAUUCCCAGGAUUACCUAUUCUGAGACGGCCUCCUUCAUCGUCUAG